AUGUUAUAAGAAUAUAUCAGAUUAAUUAUUCGCUUGCCUAGAUACUUUUAUAUGUAGCUGGAUGUUCAGAAGAUCCUGGUUAAACUGUAUAGGAAAUUAUAAGAACAUGUAUAAAAAAUAUAUAGAUUAUAAUCAUACUAAUCAUGGUUAAAAUGUAACUAUUUUUAAGCAUAAUAAUUGUUCUAAUUGGUCUCCUCUCUUUGUACAGUUAAUUCUACUAAUAAUGCAAGUAAAAAGAACUUGUAAAAAUUAUGGAUCUAAUGUUACUGA